UCUAGUUUGUGUUGAUUUGCCCCCACCUUACCACAUGAGAUGGGCACAUUCACUUGCAUACUCCUCUUUCUUUUAACCAUCAUCAUUAUGAAAGCCCUCACUUCACUGCUAUUUCCAAAUAGAAGCAAAACAAAUGACAAGCUCCCACCAGGACCUAUUGGUCUUCCCAUAGUUGGAAAUCUCCACCAACUAGGUGCCAAGCCCCACCAAACCUUGGCCUCUCUAGCAAACACUUAUGGCCCAAUAAUGAGCCUCAAAUUAGGCCAAAUCACCACCAUAGUGAUGUCCUCAGUAGAAAUGGCCAAAGAGGUUCUCCUAAUCCAUGACCAGUUCUUAUCAAACAGAAAAAUCCCUGAUGCAAUGAAAGGUGCUAACCAUGAUGAGUACGGCUUGCCCUUCAUUCCAGUCUCACAUCGCUGGAGAGACUUGAGAAAAUUAUGUAAUGGCCUAUUGUUUUCUAACAAGAACUUAGUUGCCAGUGAAGGGCUUAGGCGCAACAAGGUUAAGGAGCUUCUCAGUGACAUCCACCAAAGCAGCUUGAGGGGUGAAGCAGUGGAUAUUGGAAGGUUGGCUUUUAAGACAACCAUUAACUUGUUGUCAAACACGAUUUACUCAAAGGAUUUGGUUCACUCUACAAAUAAGGCAGGAGAAAUCAAGGAGUUAGUGGCAAAUAUCAUGAAGGAGGUUGGAAGGCCAAAUUUGGCAGAUUGUUUCCCAGUGUUGAAGGUGGUUGACCCUCAUGGCAUCAGAAGGCGCACGGGUAAUUACUUUUGGAAGUUGUUGACCAUAUUCAAGAGCUUGGUUGACCAAAGGUUGAAGCAAAGGAAAGAUGCUACUUACUGCACCAAAAAUGACAUGUUAGAUGCUAUUCUCAACAAUGGUCAAGACAACAAUCAAGAAAUGUAUAAGGAUAAGAUUGAACGUUUGUCAGUGGACUUGUUUGUGGCAGGAACAGAUACGAUAACAUCUACAGUAGAAUGGGCAAUGGCUGAGUUACUUCAUAACCCGAAUAUCAUGGCAAAGGCAAAGGCAGAGCUAUAUAGGAGUAUAGGCAAAGGUAAGGUUGUGGAAGAAUCAGACAUUGGUAAACUCCCUUACUUGCAAGCAAUAGUGAAAGAGACUUUCAGGUUGCACCCAGCAGCUCCACUUUUGCUACCUAGACAAGUUGAAGUGGAGUUGAAGAUGCAUGGAUACACAAUCCCAAAGGGCGCACAAGUGUUAGUUAAUGUGUGGGCCAUUGGUAGAGACCCAAAUUUAUGGGACAAUCCUUGUUUGUUUUCACCAGAGAGGUUCUUGGGGUCAGAAAUUGACUUUAGAGGAAGGAGUUUUGAGCUCACACCAUUUGGUGGUGGGAGGAGAAUAUGCCCUGGCUUGCCAUUGGCCAUAAGAUUGUUGUUCUUAAUGUUGGGUUCACUUAUCAAUUCCUUUGAUUGGGAGCUUCAGGGUGGUGUCAAACCACAUGAUAUGAAUAUGGAUGACAAGUUUGGACUAACCUUAGAGAAGGCUCAACCUGUGCUAGUUGUUCCGAUUAAAACAACCAAUUAAAUGGUUUAUGUGAUAUGGCAAAGUAGUUUUAUCUUUUUUUUUUUCUUCCUUUUUUCAUUUACACCAUGUUUUGUUUAGUCCUUGUAAUAAAUGUAGUGUAUUGCUCUAUCCUAGUUUCAUAAAUUUGCAAGUGAAUUAUAUAAUGUUCUAACUCCAUGAGAAAUAUGACUAAUUAUUUUGUCAUUCUAGAAUUACAAGAUUUUUAUCGGUAGGGAGUUCUAGUAGUAUGUACAUGAUUUUAUCUAUGAAACCUUAGUGUUGUUAUUGUAAUUCUGAAAAAUUAAAAAAUUAUAUGCAUAUAUUGUUUAGUUGUAAUUAAAAUAUUGUAAUUUUGAUUUUGA